AUGGAUUCCUCCCAGAGCGCGUCCUCCACUCUGGAACAACUCGCUUUUAACAACACCGCGCUGCAAAGGCUGCCGUCGGCCUUGUCUCUGCUGGGCCUGAGUGUCCAAGACGUGUCGGGCGAUCCUCUGGCCCCGGAAAACGGUGAUGGCAGGAAAGUGCUUCGCUUCAGCAUCAGGGAGUUCCUCUGCAGUGAGGCCAUGUUUGCCCUGGGCAUCCCCACCACCCGAGCAGCCUCCCUCGUUACCUCUGAUCUCCACGUCAGCAGAGAUCCUCCCAACAACGGUGAACGGGUUUCAGAGUGCUGCUCAGUUGUCAUGCGCCUCGCUCCUUCCUUCAUUAGAUUUGGCUCCUUCCAGAUCUUCCAGGGCCGAGAUGAAUUCUCUGGCCUGCAAGGCCCGAGCGCAGGGCGGGACGACAUCCGUGCUCAGCUCCUGGAUUACGUGAUUGAGAGUUUCUAUCUGCACAUUCAGUAGGCUCAAAGCAACAGGAAAGAGAGAAAUCUGUCAUUUUUCAGGGAGGUGAUGAUGUGGACAUCCAAGCUGGUGGCCCAGUGGCAGUGUGUUGGUUUUUGCCACGGUGUCCUCAACACAGACAAUAUGAGCAUCCUUGGUCUAACUCUGGACUAUGGCCCCUUUGGGUUCAUGGAAAGAUUUGACCCAGAUUUUGUCUGCAACGCCUCAGAAAAGAGAAGGCACUAUUCGUACCAAGCCCAGCCGGCUGUGUGCCACUGGAACCUGACCCACCUGGCCGAGGUGUUGGGCCCCGAGCUAAUUGUGAUUAUUUUUUUUAAUGCAGGGGCAGAUUUCACUAAUACGUUCCGCCUGCUGAGUCGUGUACCUUGGCCCGAGAAAGGAGACGAUGAGAGGGUCACUGUAGGGCCUGUGGCAGACCUCAUCGUAGAGCAGUGUGCCUCCAUUGAGGAGUUAAAGGUGGCUAAUAAGCCUACGAUGGAGGACCGUGAACUAGCAAUGAUUCUGUCCAUGGCACAAACCAACCCAGUCAUGUUCGGAAUGGUGGCAGACAGGCCAGAUGUGGCCCUGCAGCUGGAACUCAUGGGCCGGCUGAAAGAGCUCCUCGAGACGGAUCAGGAUGAGCUUAAAGAGAAACAGCGUGAUGACUGGGUCAGCUAAAUUUGCAGAUACAGGAGGCGUUUGGGCCGAGAGUGUGAUGGCACAACUGACUUGCACCUUGUUAAACAAGAGAGGCUCAGAGUGAUGAACAGCAACAAUACCCGUGUGGUUCUUCGCAACUAUAUUGCACAGAAUGCCAUUCAAGCUGCAGAUAAAGGAGAUUUUUCUGAGGUUAACAGAGUUCCCAAAGUUCUGGAGCAACCCUACAUAAAUCCAGAACCUUUGUGUGGACAAGAUGCAGCAUGUGGUAAAAAGGGGGUCAAGGACAAGUUGUUCGCUGAUGACUACGAUGCUAAGCCUCCCGCCUGGGCAUCAAUAAUUUGCAUCACUUGAUCCACAUAGCCCUCCUCCCCAAGCUGCUGAAGGAGAGAUGUCUCUUUGCACCACGGGACUACAUUACCCAUAACUCAGAAGCAAAUUGAUGUUAUGUAAUAGGUUUAAUGUUAUAAAUCUAACACAUACAUGUAAGGGGGAAUUUACAUCAGUCACCCUGUUACUUGCCCUCAGACUCUCUCUUUGGGUGCAUUAA